UAGCAUGAAACUGAAAGUAUAUCUAUCGCAAAACCUGCCAAAGCAAGCAGUAAUAAAAGAAAAAAUGAUUUAGAACCAAAAGCCAAUAUCAAAAAGACAAAGACCGCAGGAAAGCACACAGAAUCAUAUAAGGAUAUUUUUGCUGAAUUAAUUUCGAAAGGAAGUUUUGAAAAUAACGCAAGCAAUUCUUUAACAAUGAUGGAGGGAAAUAAUUCAUUUACUUUCCAGUGUCCUAUUGCACCAAAGUGUGAGGACUACUGGGUUAUUCAACACUACAAAGUCAAAACGAUUGAAGAUAUUCCGUCAGCUGAAAGAUGGAAACAUACGGAGGACAGUAUAAAAUUGUACACUACGAAUCGGGAUUCAAAAGAUACAAAUAUUGCGAUCAAAAUAAAUGACGUUGUACGGGAUAUAUUGGAUCGAUUUUCAUCAGAUCCGAAACGAAAAUUAAUUAAAAAUAAUAAA